AUGCUUGAAGACAAUCACAAACAGAACCACGGUUUAGCUACCACUUACGAACGAGAGCAACUGUCAAAGAAACUGGAUGGUGCCAUUGACAGGAUUCGACAUCGCGGACCCGACGGUUCGGGUACCUGGGUCAGCGCGGACGGCACUGUUGGCCUUGGUCACUGCCGUCUCUCAAUCAACGAUCUGUCUGAAUGCGCUUCCCAGCCACUUCAUAGCGAUGAUGGGCUUGUUCAUGCUGUAAUUAACGGGGAAAUCUAUGACUUUGAACGUCUACGUCACGAGUGUGAAGAGAAACAUGGCUACGUCUUUAAGUCUUCGAGUGACAGCGAGGUCCUUGUUGCCCUUUACAAGGCGUAUGGUGCGCCAGAGUUCUUCAGUCACCUCCGUGGGGAAUUUGCCUUUGUUCUUUUUGACGAAAGAGAAGGAACCCGUCGUGUGCUUGCUGGGCGCGACCGUUUUGGAAUAAAGCCUCUUCUAUGGACCAAGCUGGAUAAUCGUGUGCUCUUUGCCUCGGAGGCAAAAGCCUUCCUAGCCAUGGGCUGGAAGCCGCGAUGGGAUGUUCGGAGCCUCUCAAGUAGUGGAUGGAUGAUCGAUGACAGAACGCUUUUCAAAGAUGUGCGAAAGUUGAGACCGGGUCACUGGAUCGAGGUCAGCCAGGAGCGCGGAUUUACCAUCAAUCAAUACUGGGAUGCUGAGUACCCGGACAAGACACAAGUAGAAUCACGAUCUGUCGAGGAAAUGAUCCUUGGUGUUCGGGAGCGACUCGUCGAGUCUAUCAGACUACGACUGCGUGCGGAUGUUCCUGUUGGUGUCUACCUUUCUGGUGGCAUUGACUCGUCGGCGGUUGCAGGAAUAGUGACUGAGCUCAUUCGGAAAGAAGACGUAAAACUUGGUAGUGAGCGGGCUACAAGGGUUUCUUGUUUUAGUGUGAAGUUCCCACAAGAGUCUGGGCAUGACGAAUCUGACAUUGCGGAGCGCACCGCAGAUUGGCUUGGGGUCAAAAGUUACAAAAGACACGUGGAUGAGGCACGGAUAGCCCUUGACUUUCAAGAUGCUGCGUAUCAUGCCGAGCAUCAUCAUUUCGAUCUCAAUACUGUUGCCAAGUUCGCUUUGUCUACUCUGCCCCGUGAGCACAACAUCAAGGUUAUACUGAGCGGGGAAGGAUCCGAUGAACACUUUGCUGGCUACAGCUUCUUCCCAGCCGAGUUCCUUCGAUUCCCUGAUUUGAAUAUGCCAUCCACGGCUCUUGCUCAGGAUGAUGUACUCCGGGAGAGUCUACAGAAAUCUGCAAGUGAGGAAAUGGAUGCUGUGUGGAGGAGUUUUGGAGCUACCAAGCACAACAAAACUCAAGGCCUUGAUAUUCAAGAUGACCUCAUGGGGAGCACGAUGCCACAAAAUCUUCUUACUUCGGAGCCUGCUGAUGAAGUGUUUUCCGACUGGGUCCGUAUACAGUAUCACGGGAAGUGGGACAGGCGAGAGACCGUACUGAGCUCACAUGCGCCUGAAGUGUUGGAGAAGAUGCGCAACAAGUGGCAUCCGCUACAUACCGCAUUGUACAUGUUCAAUAAGGCCACCUUCAGUAACCUGCAACUCGCAGGCUUGGGCGAUAGGUCCGAGAUGGCGCACAGCAUCGAAGCCCGGACACCCUUUUUGGACCAUCAUUUGACAGAAUAUGUGAACUCGUUACCGCCGAGUACCAAGCUUCAUUAUCAGCCACCAGCAGAUAGUGUUGUCGAUUCCGUCGACAAUUUUUGGUGGAAGGCCGCUGGUUCUGCAUUGCGGACUAUUACUGAAAAGUGGAUCUUGCGUGAAGCGGUGAGGCCAUACAUUACAGAGGAGCUAUACAAUCGUCGGAAGCUUCCAUUUUUUGCACCUGUGAGAUGGGCUGAGGGGGGUCCUUUGCACGAUAUGUUCACAAACCUGCUCACGCGUGAAGCUGUGGAAAAACUCGGCUUUGUCAACUACGAUAAGGUAGAGGCCGCGCUGCAGAACGCGUUCGGCGAUCAAGCGAGCUCAUCCUCGUUCCGUGUUCUGUGUUACACGGGGACUUGGGUCACACUUUCCCAGAGAUUUGGAAUGGAAAAAGCCACUGUUGAGGAAUAUAGUUGGGCAUGA